AUGGUCGAAAUUGGCGAUGGCGAUAGAGAAGAUGAGGGCGUCGCGGUGAAGAAGGAUUCCAAGGUAGCCUUGCAGACAGUCAAAAUGAUCACGCUGUUUGUUCUGAGCGACAAAGGCUCUAUGUAUUACACCGUCAAUAUCUGGCACGCCAUGCGCUUCGAGCUGCCCCAUGGGACCAAUGUCGCUAUCAUCAUGAAAUCCCGGCAGCUAAUAAAUCCCAUUGAGCACACCAAAAACCGGACGAGUAUGGCUCAUUUGACCGGCGUCAACAGCUACAUUGCCAGCCAGUACGUUCGGUUAUUGACGGCACAAUCUGCUGCACAUCGCCGACCUACUUGA